AUGUCUGCUCCCACAUCUCCCUCGACUGCCAAAUCCAUCUUUUCUUCUUCCCCGAGUCCCAACACACCACCUUCAUCUCCGCCGAGUCUCGACUCUUCGUCGCCGCCGAAAAUGGAAUCCCGACUCGUAACAGCCGAGGCCAAUGCCUUGGCUGAAUACGAGAAGGACUAUGCCAAGAGAAGGGCUGCUGCAAGAGCUAAGAAUAAGCGUAAGAGGAGGCCACUUCUCACCCCCGAAGAGAAGAAGCAAAAAGCCCUCGAGCUAGACAGCCUUCUCCGACAGACCGCGGCCUUCAGCGACAUCAUUACAGGCAAGACUCGAGCUCUUGGUCGAAUGGGCACCUCUAUGUCCGGUGCCUCCCUUGGCGAGCAUAACCUGGAGCUUGCUAAGCAGCCGAAGUGUAUGGUUGGCGGUACUAUGCGAGAUUACCAAUUAGAGGGCUUGACGUGGAUGAGAGAGAUUGCUGUCCAAGGGCUUAGUGGUAUCUUGGCUGACGAAAUGGGUCUCGGCAAAACAAUUCAGAUGAUUUCUCUUGUAGCGUCCCUUCGAGAGACGGAUGAAUUCUACGGACCUUUUCUCAUCGUCGCACCAUUGAGCACCCUCUCUAACUGGUUGGAUGAGUUUCACAAGUGGACUCCGUCUAUUCCGGUCGUCGUUUAUCAUGGGACGCCCGGUGAGAGAGAGAAUAUUUGGCAAAACAAGAUCCUCCGACAUUAUAAGGAUUCCCGUGCGACGAACAAGUUCCCCGUCGUACUUACCAGCCCUCAGAUUGUCCUUCGAGAUAGGACAACUCUGGCUCGGAUCGGUUGGGAAUUCAUCAUCAUUGACGAAGGCCAUUGUAUGAAAAACUCCGAUGCGAGGCUCUACCAAGAGCUGAAAGUUUUCACCUCUGCCACACGAUUUCUCAUCACCGGAACGCCCCUCCAGAACGAGAUGAAAGAGCUUUGGUCUUUGCUUCACUUUCUCCUGCCUUCUGUCUUCAAGGAUUGGGAGGCUUUCGACUCCUAUUUCGAUUUUACUGGGCUAGAGGACGAAGAGGGAACGGAGAGCUUCAUUACGGAUGAAGAAAAGCAAGAGCUCAUGCGUAAGAUUCACAUUGUUCUGCAGCCCUUGAUGCUUCGCCGCGUCAAGGCCGAUGUGGCUAGCCACUUGCCCCCGAAGCGGGAGUACAUCCUUUAUGCCCCCCUCACUAAGGAGCAGACCGACUUGUACAAGGCCAUCAGCGAUAGAGGCGUUGAUACUCGUGCGUAUCUCAGCGAUAUGGUUGCCAGAGAUAUCAGCGAGCGGUCCGAAUCUCUUUCACCUCCCGACUUGCUCACUCCUUUGUCCUCCCGACAAGGCAGCGUUUCACCUUCCGUCACAAGCGGCGCUUCUCGCAAGGGUGCCAGCGACAAACUUUCUAAACUGCCUACACGAGAGUCGCCUCGAAAGAAGAAAUCUACUAUGGAACCAGAGGCCGCGAAGCCAUCCGCAACGGAUGCUUUCGCCCUUAUGAUGGGUAAAAGGGGCCGGGGUCGGCCUAAGAAGAUAUCCGAGGCACCGGCUGUGAAGGAGGAGGUGAUGAAAGACAAAACGGAGUCGUCGAGGAAGAGGAAGGGCCCUGCUACACUCCCCGUUCCCGAGCCAAAGAGCUACCGAUCUAGCAGAGAGAGUACUCCGGGGUCAUCUCGACGGACCCGUGCGCAUCCUGGCGUCAAGAUCGACGCCUUUGCUAAUGUCGACGAAGAUAAGCUUGAUGACGACGAGUUUGAGGCACGUCUUAUCCGAGAGUACGAAAGCCAGGAGCUCUCAAACCUGGAAGAGGCGCAAACGGCUAAGGACUUUGCCCUCGCAAGCUCAUUUGAGCUGGCCAAAAAGGAAGUGGCCAGGAAGAAGCUGGGAAAUCCCAUCAUGCAGCUUCGCCUGGUGUGCAAUAGUCCACACAAUUUCUACAAUCCUUGGACCUAUAGCGACGAUCCGGUUGACGAGACUGUGGUUACCAAGUCGGGCAAGAUGCUUCUCCUGGACAGACUUCUCCCAGCUCUGUUCAAAGGCGGUCAUAAGGUCUUGAUCUUUUCCCAGUUCAAGACACAACUUGACAUCCUCGAGGAUUAUUGCAAUCUCAGGGAAUACAACUUCUGUCGCCUUGAUGGCUCGGUCUCCCACGAAGCGCGCCGAGAUAUGAUCUCUCAAUUCAACACUGACGAGGAUACGAAAGUAUUUCUUCUGUCCACAAGGGCGGGUGGUCAAGGCAUCAACCUUAUGGCAGCUGACACUGUUAUUCUAUUCGACAGUGACUGGAAUCCUCAACAGGAUCUCCAAGCGCAGGAUCGCUGCCACCGAAUUGGCCAAACGCGACCCGUAAUAGUAUAUCGCUUCGCUACGAAGGGCACGGUCGAAGAGGAUCUUCUUUUCAGCGCUCAAGCCAAGCGUCGGCUUGAGAAGCUUGUCAUUCGGAAGGGAACGCUGAAGACCAUGGGCAGAAAACUCACGGAUGCCAUGAGCGACCUCGACAGGGAGACACUACGUGGACUGCUCUUGAAGGAUGGUAAGGUAUACAAGUAUUCCGGAGGCGAGGAGAUUCUGAGUGACAAGGAUCUCGCGGCCCUACUUGACCGGAGCGACGAGGCCUACGCAAAGGCCGCUAAGGGCGACGGCAAUGCGGUCGGUUAUAAGGUCGUCGAGACCGCUGCCGAGGGAAUCAGGGAGGCGGCGAGCUCCAACUAG